UUUCACAGGCGGUUUGCUGCGGAUAUUCGCGUGCACAAAUGAUCUUUUCUAUUCAGACAUCUGUUUAAAACUUCAUGUGUGAAUUUCAAAGCCGUUGUAAUCCAGAAGAACUCAAGUUUGUGCUGAAGUGCAGUGAUCCAGUGCUCAGCUCACCGUCUUCAGACCUGCUGAGGUGAAGACACAAACAUGAGCCAGAACGGAGGACGAACACAAUCACGCGUCCUGUGUUUUCUGCUGGUGUCCAGCAUGUGUUGUGUGAGUGCAGAAUACUCGAACUGUGGGGAGAAUGAAUUUUACAAUCACACAAGCAACAGUUGUCAACCGUGCCCACAAUGCCAACCAGGACAAGAGCCUUAUAUGAACUGUGGCUAUGGCACUAAAGAUGAGGACUAUAAUUGCAUUGCGUGUCCAGCAGGGAAGUUCUCUAAAGGCAAGUAUGAGAUCUGCCGUCGACACAAAGACUGUGAUUCACUGUACCGUGCCACAGUGUUAACGCCCGGAACUACCGAGAGUGACGCCGAGUGCGGCGCAUGUUUACCAGGGUACUACAUACUGGAGAACAGACCGCGAAACAUCUACGGUAUGGUGUGUCAUUCAUGUCAGAAUGCUCCACGAAACAUCAAAGAGUGCAUGCGCUUAACACCUGUGAUACCAGGACGAGCUCCCAGUGUGUCAUCCAGCAGCACCACUAUAUUCCCACAUCCAGAGAAAGAUCCAACAGGACAGGGACACCUAGCAACAGCUCUCAUUAUCGCCAUGUCAACCAUCUUCAUCAUGGCCAUCGCUAUAGUGAUGAUCAUUAUGUUCUACAUUCUAAAGACCAAGCCGAGUGGACAAGCAUGCUGUUCUGGACAGAUAAUAAAGACUGUUGAAGUCCAAACAAACAAACAGGAGGAGAAGAAAGAUGUUCAAGAAAACGUCGUCAUAUUUGCAGAGAAGGAUGAAUUUGACAAGCUCAAACCCUCACCUCCAAAAACAACAAAAAGUGAAAAUGACGCAUCAUCAGAGAACGAGCAGCUGUUGAGUCGCAGUAUUGACAGCGAUGAAGAAGCCGCUCAAGAUAAACAGGGAGCUGCAGAUCUCUGUCUGAUGUCAUUAGUUCAUCUGACCCGAGAGAAGACAUGCACCAACAACAACAACUGCAGCAACAGCAGCAAAACCACAGGGAUUCACAGCAGGAGGAGGAAAAUCUUGGACUUGUACACAAAGGCGUGCAGUGUUGCAGAGGGUUUGAGUCCAACAGAACUUCCCUUUGACUGCCUGGAGCGUACCAGUCGGAUGCUCAGCGCCACCUACAGCACCGAUAAAGCCGUGGUGAAGACGUGGCGACACCUCGCUGAGAGCUUCGGACUCAAGCGUGAUGAGAUCGGCGGCAUGAGCGACGGCAUGCAGCUGUUUGAUCGAGUCAGUACGGCGGGUUACAGCAUCCCAGACCUCCUCACACGUCUGGUCCAGAUCGAGAGGUUGGACGCGGUGGAGGCGCUCUGCUUCGAUAUUUUGGGUGGACCAGAAAACGGAGUACCUCCAUCCAGCCAUCAUCCAACCCUGUCAUCCCGCUGCGCGAGUGUCUGAGGUUCAAUUGCCAUCAUAACUCAAAUCACAUGAAGAAAUCUCGCCCUGGACUUUCACAGAUGACCAUCGAUUGAACUUCUAAUGGACGUGCUUGUGUUGAUUGAAUGGAGAACUCAGACAGACAGUGUGUUAUUGGUUCAGGAUGGGAAACUGCUCUGGACUCAUCGGGUUUGAUGUACAUUUGACUCGGCCAUUUGUCUUAUUUUGAUUCCCAUUUUCUUUUUCACGUACAUCCACUUCUGCUAAUGAUCCCAACUAAAGUGGAUGAACAUCGUUUAAUGGGAUGCUACUUUCCCAUCUGUAUGAAAGAUCUUCUCAUAACAGAUUGAGGAAAUGUGGCUAAUAAAGGGGCGUUCACUCUGAGAUCUGCUGCAACAACAUGAUCUAAAGGCACUGAAUUUUUCUGAGAGUUGACCGGAUGACUUUGACUGUUACACCCAAAACAUACUCUAUGCAAGUAUGUGAUGCUUUUAGCUACACUGACUUGAUUUCACAAGCGUUUUGAAAUGUGUCGGGGCACAAUUUAGAACUCAGCGGAAGUUGCAUUCCCAGUGUUGCCCACAAGGUGAAAACGGUCUUCUUCUGCAAUCAGACAUCUGAAGGAAACUAUUGCCCCUUGAGUACGGAAGUUUGUUGCCGCCACAGUAAAGCAAAGAAGCAUGUUAAUCGGAAUUAUCCUAGAGGGUUCUGAUGUCAGAGAGAAUAAAAAUCAAGUAGGACGCCAGGUUCAUUCCUGCAUAUUUCUUAGGGAACUCUUAUUUUGACACCGUAAUACACGCUAGUCAGUGUGCUGACGAUAGUGGAAUUCUAGUCAAAUACAUGCAAUUUUUUUUCUGUGUAAAAAUGUACAAUAUGCAUCAGGCGGUUACUGAUGUAACCAUCAAGCACAAACAAGGUAGCUGCAUUUAGGAAAAAAGGCGGAACCGGCUGAACAGUCAACGUAAAGUUUAAUGAUAUAAAAGAACUUAAAACAUGAUGAACGAACACACAUGGAGUGCGGCCGCGUGUGUCUCACACUGCCCUUUAUCUCGCUCUCCCGCUGAUCAGCUGAUUCAGCGCCGGUCUUGCUCCAUCACGGCCCGGCUCCUCGUCACACUCCUCCCUCGCCCGAUUCAGGCUGGGGCGCCACCGGUUUGACUAACUCCCCCCCCCAUCUCUGGAAGGGAGACGCUGCCCUUCCGGCCGUUCUGUCAGCCAGUGGUCCACCCCACCUCCUGUGAACCUGGGGGAGAGACGAGGGGAGAGAGAGAGAAGAACUUGGUCACCGGCUACCGGACGCGUUGUUGCCCGGUAAAUGGAACCUUAUUGUUAAGUGUUUGUUUUUUUUACCGUCUCGUAUGGUGGUUACACCUUAAAGCCCCAGAAAUAAAUCAGUCAAAAUGACUUUGAAAACUUGUUCAUCAUAGAAGAGGCGUGUUCAUGUAACUAUUUUAUGUGAAUUGCAUUUUUAAUGUAUUUUUGAAUAAUUGACUAGAUCUGUGCAACAACAAAAAUAAGCAUCAUGGAUCAAGUGCACUUGAUGCUGCGUCUCCUCCCUGAUGUUGAAAGUUUACAACUCAGAAACUCAGGGAUCAAAAUGAUCUUUAGUUUCCCAGUCGUGAUUAUGAUUUAACGGGCCGUUCAUGUGCAACUUCCAAGUAGGGAACUCUAAUUUCCGAUAAUUCUGAUAGCAUCUGAAGCAGUGGCGGAUUUAGGCAUGGGCAACAUGGGCAGUGGCGGCAUCUUGAAGGGGGGUGGCACGAGGCACCUACACAGACACCCAUACACACACCCCCCCCAUCAACAACUGUGGGGGCGUGUUGAAGUGGGUUUCGCCCAGGGCGCCAUACACUACUGGCCUGAAGGCAGCAUGAGUAUGUACAUUCGCUUCUGCAUUUGUGUACCUGCACAGAGUAUAUUUGUACUCUACAGACAUCUGAAGUGCCUGAAUAACUCUUUUUAUAUGAACUGUGUGUUGCAUUCAGUUUAUGUGCAUAUCUGACUCUCGCCAGCAGACUCGAAUCAGAAUAUAGAUUUUUCUUCACAGGUGCACAUGAAAUAUUUGUCAAGUUGACAGAAACUUAAAUCUCUAAGUAUGUCAGAAUGCCGUGGCUCGUGUGUUUGCGCGUGUAAAGCACACUGUGUCUGUGUCCAGCCACUGGUUCUGGGACUAAUUGGCUGGAAUUGGUGCUUUACGACUCUUAGUGCCUGUGAUUUCCAGCACCUCAUUAACUAGUAAUCCAAAUGGAAAAGCCAUAAAGUGGCCGAUAGGAUGCAGAGCGGCAGCUGUAUAAAUGUUUAACCGCAUGCAAGAUGUAGAAAUGUAAAAGAAAGAUGUGAUGCUAUGCAUGUAGUGACCUGUUGGUGACCCUGAUUUUAACAAUGUUCCACAGUAACAUUUUGAGUUUUUUUAAAUACUGUUAUAAUCUGCAUGGUCAAUGUGUGCUUUUCAGAGUUACAACACUGAUGUUUUUGAUUUGAUCACUUAUAAAGUGUUUGUAAGUUAGUAGAAUUACAGUUUAGUGAAUUUCAAGUAUUGUCAAAUACUCAUUUGGGGAUUUAAUGGCCAAUAAUGAGGAGCAGGUCUCCAGUAUUCUGAAUCAUCAGAUCUGCAUGUUCAGCUUUUAACUUUACACUACAUAUUUUUGUCCUUUUUACUGGAAUAUAUUUUACCAUUUCCCACAGCAAUACAUAUACAGUGGGAUUCAAAGUCUGAGAAUGAUUUGAGGACGUUCUAAAGAGCAUCUUGUGUGCGACCUCAUUAACACUUAAUGGCAAAGGAAUUAUAAACGGAACAAAGUCAGUACAACUAGUAAAAUAAUAGUGUAUAUAUAACUUAUUAUUGUACAUAUGCAUCAUGAAUAGAAGUAUCAAUAAAGAAAUAAAAGGAAA